CCCACGGGCAGAAAACAUCAAAAACUCGGCACACGCGGAGCGAGAGAGCGAGACUCUUGAUUAAUGUUGGUGGUGUUGUUGUGUUAUUGUUGUUGUUGUGUUGUUGUUGUUUGUUAGUGGGUAGACCGUCUCCCUCCUUCCCUCCACUACCAACCCGACUUGUACCCGGAACGGACUCUCUCUCUCUCUCUGUGUCUCUCUCUCGACCACCACCACCAACAACAACAACCAUCACCACCAACAAUAACCACAACCACCACCUCCAUGGAUUCUUCGCUGUCACCCAAGGCACUGCUCAGGUCGGUGUCGGCGGCCGGGGUGGAGUUGACCCGCCGGGUUUGGCACGGCACCGCGGCGGCACCGCCGCGACCGUUCCGCGUCUGCUGCUCGAGCCGUGCCAACCGCAGGGGCGUCAUGGCCGCCAGCCUCCAGGAGCUACUCAACAAGUCACUGGACGUGCUGCCGCUCCCGGCGUCGGGCGCGGUGAAGAGCGCGGUGAAGUGUGCCGGCGUGGUGAGCGCGGUGAGCCGGGGCGCGGUGAGCGUGGUGCUGGAUGAAGACGGUACGGUGGUGGACACGGAGGAGUUCUUCGACUCUCUGGACGACAACGUCACCCUCAUGGUGCUCGCCAAGGGGGACACCUGGAGCCCACCAAGGGGUCACUCCACGCUGGUGCUGGGCACGGGGCGACCCAAGAAAGGUCACGACAUUGCUCGCAUAACCCUUGACCUCUACAAGAUGAGCCCGCGCGACCUGAUCGGCUGCCUCAACGUCAAGGCGACCUUCUACGGCAUGUACUCCAUGACCCUGGACUUCAAGUGCCUGGGAGCCAAGCGCAUCAUCACGGAGCUGCUGCGUGUGGUCGCCCACCUGCUGCAGGUGUCGGGCCGCCUGCUGCUGGGCACCGCCGGGUACCUGCGACAAACCCUCGACACCUCCGAGUUCAACCUCCACCCCCUCGACAAGUCCACCUAUUGAGUCCACCG